UUCAACGCGGACGGUUGUGCGUCGCUCCACGUUUGCGUACUACGAUUCGAGAUUUGCGGUUGUUUUUGCCGAUUCUCAAUGUUAAUUAAUUUGAAUCGUUUUAAAUUUUUUUGUGACCGGCAAGUACUAAUAUUAGCUACGCGUAAAGGACAAAAAAGGAUGAAAGUGUAAGGCUUCUUAGUUCUCACGUGUUUAUUAUCGCCCUUUCAUUUGCGCGGGCAUGUGUUUAUGUGAAUAUGUGUUGUUGAUUUUUUUAACACACUGAUCGAUUAAAUCAAGCAAAAAAAAAUAAUCCGUUUGCAAUUGUAUUUUCAAAAUAUUUCAUUUUUUUCAAGUGGAAGUGUGCUGUUUUACUUAAUUUUGAAAAAUAUAAUAACAAAACAGAAGGAGACGCAAAUAUGAAAAUAGAUAUAACAAGCUGAAAGAAAUUUAAAAAAAAAAAACCGGAUUUCCAGCAACAACAACUUAAUAAGAAGCAGCAUCGAAAGAGAAACAGAGGAAGAUGAAGCAGCAGGCUUUCAGCAUUUAAUUUGUUGUAGUUGUCGCGCACACGCACUGGAAAGCCAGGAGAGAGGAGGAUCAUUGCAGGCAGCUCUCUCUCUUUCUUUCGAAACAAAAAAAAAAAAGAGAAAAAGGAGAAGAUCGUUAGAAAGAGAAUCGACGAUAUAUAAUCGACUUCAUUUCAAGCAGUUAAACCAACAACGGCAACGGACCUCUCGCUAAUUGCAAGCAAAACGGUAGCUGCCAGCGUGGGACAUCUAUCCAAUGUCCACAAUUUAAAUGUGCCUCUGGAGGAACAGAAAAGCAUCCCAGCCGUCAGAAGGAAGUCAGCCAGUCUCCCAGUCAAAAUGGCCCACUCCAAGGUGAUCCUGAAGAUCCUCUUCUCGCUGUGCGUCUGGUCCUUCGUCAUCAUCGGGCUGUUCAAGAUGCACGGCACGAACCUGGUGCCGCAGGAGUACCAGCAAGUGCCGCUCAACGGACGCAUCCUGCUGCAGAAGGACAUGCGGUUUGCGGAAACCACCUCCACGACCACGGAUCACUUUGAUCCCAGUGAGAUCCUGGUGGACAAUCGGACAGCCAUGGACGAUGACCAGCUGGUCCGCGACGUGGAGUCCCGCAUUCCCUCGCUGCCGAUCGCCUACUGGAGCAAGAACAAGAACUUCCUGCAGCAGAAGUCCUCCACCUGCGCGAAGUACCCCUCCAUUUUCGAGCUGGAGUUCAACAACAUCUACUGGCAGACGCUGCGCACCUCGAACGGAACGUUCCAGCUGUUCGGCGCCUACUACGACAUCCGGCGCACAUCCCUGCUGGGGCCGACGGUGCGCAUCCUCGGGAUGAUCGACCGAAUUGAGCCCAAGGUGAAGACCUACUGCCAGUUCUGGUUCGACGGCCAGAAGGAGCCGUUCAUCGUGAAGACGUUCGAGUACAAGUACAUCUGGUACAACAAGUGGGGCAACUACAAGCAGGGCAUCUACCAGCCGUACCUGAUCGCCUGCCAGAUCCCCAAGCCCUUCCACGGCGUGGUGCCCAGCUCGGUGUCGAUGGUGGAGAAGGAGUGCGACACGGCCACCAACAACCUGCGCGUGAUCUACAACCGACCGCCCGACGACCAGAAGAAGGGCUUUGCCGUCUGCGUCAAGGGACUGGACUUUCUCUACGACGACCUGAGCGUGCGCCUGAUCGAGUGGAUCGAGAUGCUCAACAUCCUGGGCGCCGACAAGAUCUACUUCUAUAAUCUCCAGGUCCAUCCCAACAUUACGAAGGUGCUCAACCACUACGAGCAGGAGGGCAAGGUGCAGGUCAUCCCGCUGACACUGCCGGGCGGUCAGCCGAACGUGCCCGGGUUCCAGCACCUGUACCUCACCAAGAAGACGAACCACAAGCGGCAGAACGAGGUGAUCCCCUACAACGACUGCCUGUACAAGAACCUCUACCUGUACGACUACAUUGCAUUGCUCGACAUCGACGAGGUGAUCAUGCCCAAGGGCGGGGCGGUCCUCUGGUCGGAGCUGAUGGACAAGGUGCGGCCGGAGUCGCGCAAGAUCAAGCCGGACGGCUUCCACAGCUACAACUUCCGCAACGUGUACUUCCUGGAUGACCAGCAGCACGAGCACGGCUGGCACAAGGACAUCCCCAAGUACAUGCACAUGCUGCAGCACGUGCACCGCGCCAAGAACUACACCAAGCCGAACCAGUACGUCAAAUGCUUCCACGACCCGGAGCGCGUGCUCACGUUGCACAACCACUUCCCGCUGAGCUGCCUGGGCGGGGUGUGCAAGUCGUACCCGGUGGACACGCAGGACGCCCAGCUGCAGCACUAUCGGGCGGACUGCGUCAAGACGCUGAAGAAGAGCUGCGAGGAGUACCGCGAGCACUCCGUGGAGGACAAGACCAUUUGGAAGUACAAGGACGAGCUGAUCCGACGCACCAUCAAGGCACUGGACACCCUGGGCUUCUUCCGGCGCCAGGGCCUGAACUCCGCCUCGGGAUCGGGCAGCAGCAGCAGCAGCGGACUGGGCGGCGGUGCCACCACCCACUCGACGGAGCGGUGAUUCACACUACUCGGGGCCGGGGCCGGGGGAGGCGGGUGGUCCUGGCCCUGGCAACUGGUCGAGGCAUCCGGCAGCAGCCUCGGCAACGAGGAGUUCUUCGUCUGAGGUGAUCCUAGUACGCCGGAUGUUGGCAUCCAACCCAACCCAACCAGGUUGCUAACCCAAUCCGAACCCAAAACCCGUCCUCUGAUCCCUGAGCUUGGGCUGCGCAGAGUUGAGUUAGUGCGUCCAGAGUUCCCAUCCGAAAACCGCAUAAAACAGGACUCUGUUUUCGAUUCGAAUUCGAUAAAGAAAAACCAGCCACUUGAGUAUAGUUUUUUGAACCUGAUGCUGUAGAAUUGGUAACAUCCAUUUGCUUUGAUCAUCGCCUAAAGAUAAGAGAGAGACUUUUGUAAUUCAAUCGAAAUCGCAGACAAAAACAAUCUUUGAUUGAGCACGGCUAGUGUAUAGAAGAGGCGUAAGUUAGUCGCGGAGUUGGGAGACGUUUUUGAAAUUGUGCCUUUGAACCUGGAUUGUAGUGAGUCCCGUCCCGUCCUUGCCUCACAUCCCCCGCUCCCACAUCCCAAUUAUGUAUUUCCAUUCACAAAAAACAAAGACAGGUCACAAAUUUAAAACGAAAAAAAAAAAAAAAAAGAGAACAGGACCCACAAUAAUGGCCUGAGUUCAUAACAAAACAAGAGAACUAGAGUCGAGGGGAAAAUAAAUCUUUGCAAAGUGAAGGAAACCUAAACUAAGUUCAAGACUGAUGAUGUUUAUUAAGAAUUAAAAAAUCGAAAGAGUGGGAAUUUCAAUCGGAUUUUGUUUUCACAUUCGGAUAAAAUCGAUACUAUUGUUGUUGUAUAGACAAGUAUAGGCCCCUAAAAAUCGCAAGCGAAAAAUAUCACUAAUGCUAAGCAAAACAAAAAAAAAAACAUUUAGGAAAAACAAUUUAACAAGUUUAAAUUGUAAACUGUAAAUAGGAAAAUUGUUAAAGAAGGCGAGACCCUGAAGAAGACGAGGCCCUAAGAAAAACGAAGUAUAUGCAGAUAAGGCCGAUCAAAAUCGGAUUAACUACCAGAAUAAAAUCGAGAAUAUAUAAAUUAAGAGAAGCUGCUCAAACCAAUCUUUUUCUUAUUUUACCCCUGGUUAAAUACCAAGCAUUACCCGAUAUGCAUAUAUUUUUUAACUUGUAUAUACACAUACACCUACACACAACACACACACACCAACACACCAUACACAUUUCCUAAUGUAUUCUAUUUAAUUUUUGAAUAGCAGCUAAGUCAAAUUGUUCUUGAAGCUAAAGAGAGUCGUGUACAGUUUUGGAAACUAUGCACCCAUUAAAACUAUUCGAUAGUUAACCGACUAUUCAUAACACAAAUCAUAUACAUAUACAUAUAGAUAAAGACAUACAGAUGCAGAUACAUAAACAGAUACAGAUACAGUUGUGGGUGUAUUAAUGUUAGUUAGGUGAUAAGAACAACCCGUGUGAAGGAAAUCCCAUAUUCUUCCCUAAUUUUUUUUGAGUAGCUAAUAAAACACAAUUGAUAUGAGAACAAAGUGAUUGAGGAAUAAAAUAAAAAAAUACGAUAUAA